ACUCAGAACUCUAUCAGGAGCUAGAUUUGGCCCGUGGGCCGUAAGUUGAGUAUCACAGUUUACAAGCUCACUUUUAUCCUAUGCAGACCCAGAUAACUGAGCAGGUAUGCUGUUGAUGUCUAUGUAAGUGUGACACACAAAGCUCAGUAAUCCCUCCAACAAGGUAAAGCAGAAGCACAUGCCGGAGGCGUAAUGUCUGUUCACUUCACUGCUUCUGCGCCGGACGGGAAUUUUCUCUCUCCCCCUCCUCAAACUGCCGCUUCCCUUCACUGUGAAUAUUUUACUUGUGGUUCUGCUGCUUUGUUAACCUGCUUAAUGUUUUGUAAAGGUUAGAUAAUUUUGUAAUUAAGAGCCACUCUGUGCCUUCUUGCUGCAGAUCCCAGUGAGACCGUGGCACUUCCCUGCGUGGAUGAGUUGUAAGGGUGUGAGUGUGAGUGUGUGUGAGAGCAAGUGAGCGUCAGCGCUCCCACAUGGCCUCCAUGCAGGACGGGCUGAACUUCACGGCUCCUCCCUACGGCAAGGUCCUGCUGCUGGGUGCUAUCGCUGCUGCCUCAGCCUUUGUUGUCACGAUCCUCAUCGUGGUGCUCUGCGUGGGCUGCCAGAGGAAGGGGAAGACACACAAUGUUCCCGGCGAGGGUGGAAAACACCGUCUCAUGGACAUGGGUAUACUCAGGCAGUCGAAGCUGCGGUCCAUCAGUAAAUCUGACACUGAGAUGAACAAGAUGAACUGCAAUGGCAAAAGCAGGGCCGGGCAGACGGACACCCCGGCCCCUCCAGCCGUCCCCGCCAACACCCCGGCACCCCCAGACCCGGACGGCGACGUAGAGGGAGGGCUACCUGAACCAGAGGCCCCGGUCAUGUCCCCACCUCACCCUCCGGAGACGGCCGAGUACGCCUGCGUCAGGAAGCUGAGGAAGGCCGACAAGGCUCCCCAAAAGAGGGACAGCGGGACGGAUAUGGGGGAGCCGCCGGUGCCACCUCCAAGACAUGCCCCGCCUUCACAUCCCGCCCCUCCUCCACCACACCCACACAGCACGAAGUUGCCCCGGAGAAACGUAGACGCCUUUAAUGUCCCGGCAUUCCCAAAGGAAGUGAUGUUUAUGGGCAACGGCGAGCAGUACAUCUGGAAGCCUCCAGAGGAUGAGGAGAUGCUCAUGCACCAAAACAAAGCCCUGGGACCGCUGGGCGCUCACACGGUGGAGAAUAUACAGCCGUCUGCUGCUGUGGUGGCGGAGAUGUACUCGAAGGUGUGUAAACCGGGAAAGAAGAAGCGAGCUGUGCCGGGGUCUCCCCCAGGCAAUCCUGGCUUCCGGACCUUGGGUCGCGGUGACCGGGACCGAGACCGGGACCGGGAUGGGGGGUUUAGUGUAGUGGUCAAACCCCAGACGUGGGCCCUUCAGGAGGGCAAAGCCGUCGGAGGGCCCCUCGACGACCACUGCUACGAGUCCAUCGGGACGGAGGAGUGCGAUCUGGCCUAUGAGAACAUGGAGGGCGGAGGCGCCUGGAAGCGAGAGAGGCCCCCCAACACGUGUGCCACCCUGCGGCCGAGGCGGAAGAAAGCCCAGCAGCCCUUGCAGCAGCAGCAGCCCCCUCCGCCGCCGCCGACGCAGCAGACCCCCAAGUUACAGCACCUGCCCGCCAAAGCCCUGCUGCUGCCGGGGGAGAACCUGUACGAAAGCAUCGGCGACCUGAAGCAGGGCUCCGCCACCUCCAGCACCACCACCAUCUUCACUUUCAAUGACGGCAUGGAGAUGUACGUGACAGGGCUCUGAGGCGCGGCUGCACUGUGACCCCUAUCCUUCCAACGCAAGGAGCUGAGCUAACGCCACGAGGAGUGACGGCUGAGCCCCUGUCAUGCUCACCCACACAUCCUGUUUACAUUCAAGUCAUAACAUCUCGCCUCUCUCAGGCUCACGAGGCCUCGGGGCAAAAAUGUUGAUCUGUUAUGACCUGGGCUGAACACAAAGUCCAAUCUAUAAACCUUAAAAGGAAUCCAAAGGUAGUGAAUAAUAAAUGAGCACAAGACCAUCGCAGAGCAAUCUGCAGGUAACAGUAGCACUUCUAUUUUACUGAUACAUAUGUGCAAAGCACAAUAAAGUAAAAAAAGCCUAAAUUCUUCCUCAAUUCUAGCGGGUAAAAAUAGUCCUAGCGGGACUUUGCACGGCGUCGUGUGAAAUCUUUUGGUAGCACUUAUCAUGAGCAGGCCUUCCCUGUAGUUGGUCAAGAUGUGAUUCAGGACGGAAUUUAAAUAAAGGAAUUACUAAUCAAAACUUGAAAGCUCAGGGACCAAGAGAAACAAUUAUGAGAGUAUUAUAACGAAAAAAAAAUUGCACACAUUUUCCUCCUAAAAGAAGCUAAUUUAGACCAUCAUCAUGUUUAAAAACCGACCGGAUACUUCCCUCCGUCAUGUUUUUUUUUCUCCAUCUAACAUGGACUGAACACUGUCUCCACUGCCGUCUGUAAAUGAAGUGUUUUACUUUGUUGAUCCUGUUUCUGCACUU